ACUGGCCCGUAGCUAAAGAGAAGGACGGUCUCGGCGUCGCCAUACUCGUCCCCGUCCCGAGGAAGUCCUCCGAUUUUCUCUCUCUCCUAGGGUUUGUCUUCCCCCCUCUCCGUCCUCCGCCCUCCGCCCUCCGCCGCCGAGCUCGAAGCCGCCAUGCCUCGGUACUACUGUGACUACUGCGACACUUACUUGACGCACGACUCGCCAUCAGUCAGAAAGCAGCACAAUGCAGGAUACAAGCAUAAGGCGAAUGUGCGUAUUUACUAUCAGCAAUUUGAGGAGCAGCAAACUCAAAGUUUAAUUGACCAAAGGAUUAAGGAACACUUGGGGCAAGCAGCAGCUUUUCAACAAGUCGGCGCUGCUUACAAUCAGCAUCUUAUGGCUCAGAGGCCUCGAUUACCUAUACUACCAACGCCUAUAAUGCCCAUGGGAGCGAAUAUGCAGAUGCCUAUGAAUUCUCCUUUAGCCCCUGGAAUCAGGCCACCUGUUUUGCCUAGGCCACCCCCUGGUGCUCCAGGCUAUAAUCCUCCUUCAACGAUGCCAUCAAUGGUGCCACCCCCUGGUGCUCCCUCUAUCCUUCAAAUGAAUGGCAUGCCAAGGCCUCCUACAUUCAAUGCCCCUCCGACAUUUCCUGGGAGUGGACCAACUCCAACCUCUUCUGGUGGCGCCCCCUCAAUGGUACCACUUCCUGCCUAUCAAACAAAUCCUGCAGGACCAAAUAGUGGAGGCUAUGACAGUUUUAAUGCCAACUCUAAAGCUCCUGAUGCUAGUCAUUAGUUUUGCUUGGUAGGCAGCUAGUUAAAAGCAGAAUUUGUGUUCAGGGAGCAACCAAUGGAUGCCUUUUGGACUGUUGGGGGUUGCUUCUAAGAUGUCAAAGUAAUAAGUUCUGUACAAUGCUAUCACUUUGUAGACAAUGAGUAUCAUCUAAACCAUCUUCUUCUGAUUCAGAACUCGUUUCUGGAUCACAGUUCGGCUGUUGAGACUGUUUAUAUAGUCUGGGAAGCCCUCAACUUAGGAAAACACCCUUUCUUCGACUCAUGAUCAUGCCCGUCUUCACACCCCAAUUGCCAUGUCUGAGUUUCUCUAUGUAUAUGUGAAGCAUUUUGAUGGAGCAGAUUAUGCUUGUGUUGUUGAGAUCAUAUUUUCUUGGUCAA